AUGAUUUUCACAGCAGAGCAGGUUGCAUGUGUGUGUGAGGUCCUCCUGCAGAGCGGUUGCAUGGAUCGUCUUGCUGGCUUUCUUCGUACUCUUCCUCGUCCUUCCCUCUCCUCCUCAUUCUCCUCCUUCUGCCCUGGGGAGAUGGAGAGUGUGCUGAAGGCUAAAGCUGCAGUGGCGUUUCACCAGGGCCGCUUCACUGACCUCUACACCCUGCUGGAGGGCUUCCCCUUUUCCCCACGCAGCCACGCGCUCCUGCAGCAGCUCUGGCUCAGAGCCCACUACGUGGAGGCCGAGAGGCAGAGGGGCCGACCCCUGGGGGCAGUGGGGAAGUAUCGCGUCAGGAGGAAGUUCCCUCUACCACACACCAUCUGGGAUGGAGAGGAGACCAGCUACUGUUUUAAGGAGAAAUCUCGGGGUAUACUCCGUCAGUGGUACCGCUAUAAACCCUAUCCCUCUACCUGGGAGAAGCGGCAGCUGGCAGUGGCCACCGGCCUGACCACCACCCAGGUCAGCAACUGGUUCAAGAACCGCAGGCAGAGGGACCGGGCCCCGGACCUGCAGGGUUUUCAAAUAUCUUGCUCUGGAGGGACCUCAGGAGAAGGGGACCCUUCCUCUGACAACGACUGUUCACCUCCAGGGAGCCCACUACCCCUACCCCUACACCAUCGCCCCCCUUCUCCUCCUCCCCUCUCUCACCCACCACCUCCUCUACGUCACAUAUGUGGAGGCCUCCACUGA